AUGUUUGGUGUCUCAAUGGCAAUGUUUGGAAUCCAUUUUGUAUAUCGGUUUCUCGUUGUUUCUGGAAAUCGGUACUUGAAAACACUUUCAUCCGAUAAGUUUGCUGUUUGGUUUGUGUUUCCUGUAUUCUAUGGAUUAGUCUGGGCUGCUGUUAUUUCUGUGACGUUGAGUCCCAACAAGUACACCGAUCAAGUGUUGAUAAAUUCGUACCUAAUGCAUCGAAGUCUUUCAACCACUGAUAUCAGUUACCUUGGACCCAACUAUUGGAUCACUAUCAACAACGGAAAUCCUAUCUUGAACUUGAGCUAUUUUGUCGGAAUGUCCCUUAUUUUCAUCAUGGUCACAAUAUCAAUUCUUACAAUGUUUGUAUUCGCAACACUGAGUUAUCGGAAAAUGGGAACUCUUGUGGAAGUCACAAACAACUCAAAACAAUAUCGAAGUCUCCAACUUCAACUUUUGAAUUCACUAGUUGCUCAGGCGUUGAUUCCAGCCAUUCUGAUGCAAGAACCCUCUUGUAUCGUAUUCUCUGCCCCAUUUUUUCAUAAAGGAACUGAACUUCUUGGAGGGAUUCUUGGGAUUACGGUAUCAUUAUAUCCAGUUUUAGACCCUCUACCAACAAUGUUUGUGAUAAAACACUAUCGAAACGCAAUUUUGAAAUGUUGCUGUUUGAGUGAGAAGAAGGAUAAUAAGCCAACUAAACUCACAGAAGCCACAAUUAAAAUCUAA